AUGGCGCUCCGUGGACAGACAAGCCCCUUCGGUCCCUAUGGUGGUCUUUGCCGCCAGUUUCUGAUGCGAGACCAGGAACGUCAAGAGGAAACCCCACAGAGACUGGAGCAGCUUGGGGCAGGGUCUGGUGCGGCAGACGUCGAGUACGAGCAGUUUAUGAAGGCCAAGGAAGUGCAGAGGGUUAUGUUCCAGCAAGAGAACAAGACCAUAGUACAUCAAUGUGCCGACACGGACAUCAUCGAGGCUACAACAGGGUCCAUUGCCUGCAUCGAUGGGAACCAAGCCGCAGCUCACGUUGCCUACGCCCUCAGUGACUGCGCCUUCAUUUAUCCCAUCACGCCGAGCUCUCCGAUGGGAGAGAUGGUGGACGAAUGGGCCGCGCAAGGCCUCAUCAACUGCUACGGACAGAAGCUCAGUGUGACGGAGAUGCAAAGCGAGGCUGGCGCAGCCGGUGCUCUCCACGGGGCAUUGAAAGCAGGUGCCUUCAGCACCACCUUCACUGCCAGUCAGGGUCUGCUGCUGAUGAUCCCGAACAUGUACAAGAUCGCGGGCGAGUUGCUGCCGUGCGUCAUGCACGUCGCCGCACGGGCUCUGGCGGGACAGGCCUUGUCAAUCUUCGGGGACCACAGCGAUGUGAUGGCCUGCCGCUCGACCGGUUGGGCCAUGCUGGCGUCCGAGUCGGUGGAGAUGGCGCAGGUGAAUGCAAUUGUCGCCCACCUUGUGUCCAUGGAGCGACGGGUCCCAGUGCAGCACUUCUUUGAUGGGUUCCGCACCAGCCACGAAGUGAACAAGAUCAAGCUCAUCGACUACAACACCAUGAAGUCCUUUAUCAAUUGGGAUGCUGUCAAGGAGCAUCAUGACCUAGCAAUGAAUCCUCGCCACCCGCAUGUUCAGGGCACGUCACAGGGUCCCGACAUCUUCUUCCAGUGUGUCGAAGCGGGCAACACCUUCUAUGACGGGCUGGCAGAUCUCUUUGAGGAGAAGGGCAAGCUGGUGCAAGAGCAGACCGGCUUGCACUUCGCCCUCUACGGCUAUGAAGGGCAUCCAGAGGCCAAGCACGUGAUAGUGGUGAUGGGCAGUGCCGCCGUGACUUGCGGAGAGACGGCCAUGUUCUUGUCGAAGCACAAGGGGCAACGCGUCGGCGUGCUGAAGGUGCGUCUCUUCCGGCCCUGGGACAGCUCGCGGUUUCUGGCAGCCUUGCCAAAGACAACGGAGCGUGUCUGCGUGCUGGAUCGCACCAAGGAGCAGGGGUCCCAGGGAGAGCCGCUCUUGUUGGAGGUUGCCUCGAUGCUGCAUGCCAGUGCUCACCCGGAGAUCGUCGUCGUCGGAGGCCGCUAUGGCCUGGGCUCGAAAGAGUUCACGCCCAACAUGGUGCUGUCCGUCUUCGAGAAUCUCGCCAAAGACAGCCCGAAGCCGAGAUUCGUCGUGGGCAUCGAAGACGAUGUGACGCACCUGUCUUUGCCGGUGGGCCCAUGGCUCAAUGUGCUUCCAGAGGGCACCACGGAGUGCAUGUUCUAUGGGCUUGGCAGUGAUGGUACCGUCGGGGCAAACAAGAGCGCCGUGAAGAUGAUCGCCCUGGGAACCGAGCUCCAUGCGCAGGCAUACUUCGAGUAUGAUGCCAAGAAGAGCGGUGGCGUGACCAUCAGCCACUUGAGGUUCGGGCCCAAACCGAUUCACGCCCCUUACAACGUCCGUGCUGCCGACUACAUGGCCAUCCACAAAUCGAGCUACGUGCACAACUAUGACAUGACCCGCUACCUGAAGCAGAACGCCGUCUGCGUGAUCAAUUGCUCCUGGGACGUGAAGGAGUUGGAGCAGCAGCUGCCUGCGAAGAUGCGGCGCGAUCUGGCAGAGAAGAAGGCAAAGCUGUUCAUCAUCGAUGCUACCAAGAUUGCAGUGAAGGCCGGCCUGGGCAAGCGCAUCAACAUGAUCAUGCAAACCGUCUUCUUCAAGCUGAGUGCCGUCAUGCCGUACGAAGAGGCCGUGGAGAUGCUGAAGAAGAGCAUCAAGAAGAUGUAUGGCAAAAAGGGCGACAAAGUGGUGAAAAUGAACAUCGAUGGGGUCGAUGCUUCAAUCGAGGGCAUCGUGGAAUGCGAAGUUCCAGCUGCUUGGGCAUCCCUGGCAGUCGACACGGAGGCUUCCGAUGGCAAGAAAAGCAUGGUCGCCUAUGCCAAGGGGCCACGCAUGUUUCCGGAAGUGCAGAAUGCCUCGCAGUUUGCCGCGCAAGUGCAGAAACCUUGUAACAAUCUGGAUGGCAACUCUCUUCCUGUGAGUGCCUUUGUGCCCGGUGGCCGCGUGCCAUGCGGUACCAGUCAGUACGAGAAGCGUGGCAUUGCUAUUCAGGUGCCUACGGUAGACAUGGACAAGUGCACGCAGUGCAACAAGUGCAGUCUGAUCUGCCCCCAUGCAGCUGUGAGACCAUUCCUGAUGACCUCUCAAGAGCUUGGGAAAGCACCGGCAUCGUUCAAGGAAGGCAGUCGUUCUGCCAUCGGAGGAGGUGUUUUGGAUAACUACCAAUACCGCAUUCAGGUGUCGCCUUGGGACUGCACUGGCUGCGAGCUUUGCGUGCGCAUUUGCCCCGCAGACGCACUCACCUUGGGUCCAGCAGAGAAGGCCAUUCAGGAAGAGGAGGCCAACUGGAACUUCGCCGUGGCGCUGCCGGACCGCGGCGACGAAAUUGACAAGACGACGGUCAAGGGCUCCCAGUUUCAGAAACCAUACCUUGAGUUCUCAGGGGCGUGCGAGGGCUGUGGCGAGACGCCGCACGUGAAGCUGAUGACGCAGCUCUUCGGCGAUCGACUUGUUAUUGCCAAUGCCACAGGCUGCUCCUCGAUCUGGGGUGGCUCCAACCCAUCCUUCCCGUACACCACGAACAACAAGGGAGAGGGUCCCGCAUGGGCCAACUCCUUGUUCGAAGACAACGCUGAGUUCGGCUUCGGCAUGCGCAAGGCCUUCAAGCAGCGCCGCGACUACCUCGCAAUGCAAGUGGAGGACACCUUGGCGGAUAAGUCCGUGACGAUGUCCGACGAACUUCGUCAGGCACUGCAGCAGUACUUGGUGAUGCGCAAGGAGCAGAUGCACGACCUCUUGCUGCCCAAGGGCCGCAGCAUCUACCAUCAGAUCAUGGAGAAGCUCGUGCCGCUUUUGGAGAAGGAGAAGACCACGCAUCCAAAGAUCCACAACCUCUACGACUUGGAAGACAUGUUCGGCCGCAGCAGCUUCUGGAUUGUUGGUGGAGACGGCUGGGCCUACGACAUCGGGUACGGUGGCCUGGACCACGUGAUUGCCAGCGAGGAGCACGUGAACAUCCUCGUCCUCGACACGGAGAUGUACAGCAACACGGGCGGUCAGGCAUCCAAGGCAACACCCAAGGGAGCUAUGGCCAAGUUUGCCGAGGGUGGCAAACUCACACAAAAGAAGGACCUGGGCCAGAUGGCCAUGACAUACAAGAACGUUUACGUCGCGAGCAUCUGCGUGCAUGUGAACCCUCAGCAAGCUGUGCGAGCUCUGAUCGAGGCGGAUGCCUAUCCAGGCCCUAGCCUGAUUCUGUCCUACACCCCAUGCAUUAGUCAAGGCUUCCCGAUGGCGGAGUCAAUCCAGCAUUGCCAGAUGGCCGUUGACAGCGGCUACUGGCCCCUCUACCGCUACAAUCCUGAGGCUGCGGCGCAUGGCAACAAUCCCUUCCAGCUCGACAGCCGAAAGAUCAAGGGCGACCUGUUCAAGCUCCUGGCAAAGGAGAACCGCUUCGCAGCCGUGAUGCGUCGCGACCCAAAGCACGCCGAGGAGUUGGACAACAAGCUGCAAGAAAAUGUGGUGCAGAAGAAUCACCUGCUGCAGGUCCUGAACAAGGAGGACUUGGAAGGGCAGUUCUCCAAGCUGGUCGAAGGUCUUUCGGAUGCGAAGAGCUCGGGUGACUCUAUCACGGUGCUAUAUGGCAGUGAGACCGGCAAUGCGGAGGAGCAGGCGAAGAAUCUGAUGCAAGACCUCAUUGCACGCGGACUGAAAUCCACAGUGAGCUCGUUGGAUGACUUCGAGUUCGAGGAGCUGCCAAACCAGAAGAUUGUCAUCUUGGUGGUGUCCACGUGCGGACUGGGCGAAUAUCCGGCCAACUGCAAGCAGACCUGGCUCAAGCUCCAGUCUCCGGAUCUGCCAAUGUCCUGGCUGGCAGGUGUGAAGUUCUGCGUCUUCGGCCUGGGCGACUCCACCUACAGCCAGUUCUGUGUGGCUGCUGCCGGCUUCGACACCCGCUUCGGCGAGCUCGGCGGGCAGCGCAUGCUGAAGCGGGGCGUGGGCGACGACCGUGAUGAGGACAGGUACUACACUGGUUGGGAGGCCUGGCUGCCAGAGCUGUGGAAGGUUCUCGGGGCCCCGGCUUUGCCGCUGAGCCAAGACAUCCCUGCGCCUUCCUAUCGCGUGGAUGCAUCCACAGGCGAUGUGGCAAAGCCACCCAUCAGCGAUGACGACAUCAUCCCGCCCGGUGCCAACAGACUCACGCUGCUCACCAACAACGUGCUGACAGGGGAUGCCAAGUACGAUCGUGAUAUUCGGCAUUAUGAGUUCAAGAUUGAAGGCACGAACGUUGCGUACAAGACAGGCGAGAGCCUUGCCAUCUGGCCCCGCAACCCGGAAGACAAGGUCCUGGAAUUCUGUGAGAUGAUGGGCUUCGAUGCCGGGCAGCACCUGCGGAUCCUGCCUCUCGAGGGUGCGCGCAACUGGUGUCCUACGGAGCUGAGCGUGCGCCAGCUUUUCUCCCACGUCUUGGACAUCUUCGGAAAGCCGAACAGGAAGUUCUUCCAGACGUUGGCUCUCUUCGCAAAGGAUGAGGCAGAGAAGAAGCAGCUCCAAAGCAUGGUCGAGAACAGCCAGGAGGGCGCGGCCCUCUACCGGGACUUGACACACGACUUCGCACACCAUGCAGAUGUGCUGAAGAAGUUUGCAAGUGCUCGACCUCCCAUCGAGCACUUGCUUCAGAUGAUGCCAGUCCUCAAGCCCCGCAGCUAUUCGAUUGCCAGCUCUCCGUUGAUGCAUCCGGACAAGAUCCAGCUGUGCGUGGUGUUGGUGGACUGGACGGUGGAGAGCACCAAGGAACUCCGCCUGGGCGAGUGCACAGGCUACAUGCAGCAGCAGAAGCCGGGAGCACAAAUCAUGUGCGCCGUGCGGUCGAGCGCCAUCGUGCUGCCCAAGGAGCCGGAGAAGCCUGUCAUCAUGGCGGGCAUGGGGACAGGAUUGGCCCCGUGGCGUGCUGUCACGCAGGAGCGAGUGAUGCAAGCCAGGCAAGGGCUCAAAGUUGGCAAGUGCAUGCUGUUCUUUGGGGCCCGGUACAAGCAGGAGUGGCUCUACAGAGAGGAGUUUGAGAGCUACGAGAAGGAGGGUGUCCUGCAAAUGCACACGGCCUUCUCGCGAGAGCAGGCACGCAAGAUCUACGUGCAGCACAGAAUAGUGGAGGCGGGAGCCGACGUUGCAGAGAGGAUGUUGAAUCAGGGCGGCCAUUUCUAUGUCUGUGGAUCUGCACGGCAAGUGCCCGAAGAUAUCUAUACCGCCAUGAAGGAAGUAAUGAUGACGCACGAGCGCUGUCCUGAAGAGGACGCGGAAGCGUUACACGGUGGAAGCCUGGUCGUGAGCAGGGAAACUUUAGCUCGCAUGGACCUAGUCGCGGGCUGCAUGGACAAUUUGACAAGCCCCUUCGGUCCCUAUGGUGGUCUUUGCCUCCAGUUCCUGACGCGGAGUCAGGAACGUCAAGAGGAGACCCCGGAGAGGUUGGAGCCCCUUGGGGCAGGGUCUGGUGCGGCAGACAUCGAGUACGAGCAGUUUAUGAAGGCCAAGGAAGUGCAGAGGGUCAUGUUCCAGCAAGAGAACAAGACCAUAGUACAUCAAUGUGCCGACACGGACAUCAUCGAGGCUACCACAGGGUCCAUUGCAUGCAUCGAUGGGAACCAAGCCGCAGCUCACGUUGCCUACGCCCUCAGUGACUGCGCCUUCAUUUAUCCCAUUACGCCGAGCUCUCCGAUGGGAGAGAUGGUGGACGAAUGGGCCGCGCAAGGCCUCAUCAACUGCUAUGGACAGAAGCUCAGUGUGACGGAGAUGCAAAGCGAAGCUGGCGCAGCCGGUGCUCUCCACGGGGCAUUGAAAGCAGGUCAGGGUCUGCUGCUGAUGAUCCCGAACAUGUACAAGAUCGCGGGCGAGUUGCUGCCAUGCGUCAUGCACGUCGCCGCACGGGCUCUGGCGGGACAGGCCUUGUCAAUCUUCGGGGACCACAGCGAUGUGAUGGCCUGCCGCUCGACCGGUUGGGCCAUGCUGGCGUCCGAGUCGGUGGAGAUGGCGCAGGUGAAUGCAAUUGUCGCCCACCUUGUGUCCAUGGAGCGACGGGUCCCAGUGCAGCACUUCUUUGAUGGGUUCCGCACCAGCCACGAAGUGAACAAGAUCAAGCUCAUCGACUACAACACCAUGAAGUCCUUUAUCAAUUGGGAUGCUGUCAAGGAGCAUCAUGACCUAGCAAUGAAUCCUCGCCACCCGCAUGUUCAGGGCACGUCACAGGGUCCCGACAUCUUCUUCCAGUGUGUCGAAGCGGGCAACACCUUCUAUGACGGGCUGGCAGAUCUCUUUGAGGAGAAGGGCAAGCUGGUGCAAGAGCAGACCGGCUUGCACUUCGCCCUCUACGGCUAUGAAGGGCAUCCAGAGGCCAAGCACGUGAUAGUGGUGAUGGGCAGUGCCGCCGUGACUUGCGGAGAGACGGCCAUGUUCUUGUCGAAGCACAAGGGACAACGCGUCGGCGUGCUGAAGGUGCGUCUCUUCCGGCCCUGGGACAGCUCGCGGUUUCUGGCAGCCUUGCCGAAGACAACGGAGCGUAUCUGCGUGCUGGAUCGCACCAAGGAGCAGGGGUCCCAGGGAGAGCCGCUCUUGUUGGAGGUUGCCUCGAUGCUGCAUGCCAGUGCUCACCCGGAGAUCGUCGUCGUCGGAGGCCGCUAUGGGCUGGGCUCGAAAGAGUUCACGCCCAACAUGGUGCUGUCCGUCUUCGAGAAUCUCGCCAAAGACAGCCCGAAGCCUAGAUUCGUCGUGGGCAUCGAAGACGAUGUGACGCACCUGUCUUUGCCGGUGGGCCCAUGGCUCAAUGUGCUUCCAGAGGGCACCACGGAGUGCAUGUUCUAUGGGCUUGGCAGUGAUGGUACCGUCGGGGCAAACAAGAGCGCCGUGAAGAUGAUCGCCCUGGGAACCGAGCUCCAUGCGCAGGCAUACUUCGAGUAUGAUGCCAAGAAGAGCGGUGGCGUGACCAUCAGCCACUUGAGGUUCGGGCCCAAACCAAUUCACGCCCCUUACAACGUCCGUGCUGCCGACUACAUGGCCAUCCACAAGUCGAGCUACGUGCACAACUAUGACAUGACCCGCUACCUGAAGCAGAACGCCGUCUGCGUGAUCAAUUGCUCCUGGGACGUGAAGGAGUUGGAGCAGCAGCUGCCUGCGAAGAUGCGGCGCGAUCUGGCAGAGAAGAAGGCAAAGCUGUUCAUCAUCGAUGCUACCAAGAUAGCAGUGAAGGCCGGCCUGGGCAAGCGCAUCAACAUGAUCAUGCAAACCGUCUUCUUCAAGCUGAGUGCCGUCAUGCCGUACGAAGAGGCCGUGGAGAUGCUGAAGAAGAGCAUCAAGAAGAUGUAUGGCAAGAAGGGCGACAAAGUGGUGAAGAUGAACAUCGAUGGGGUCGAUGCUUCCAUCGAGGGCAUCGUGGAAUGCGAAGUUCCAGCUGCUUGGGCAUCCCUGGCAGUCGACUCGGAGGCUUCCGACGCCAAGAGCAGCAUUGUGGCUUAUGCCAAGGGGCCCCGCAUGUUUCCGGAAGUGCAGAAUGCCUCGCAGUUUGCCACGCAAGUGCAGAAACCUUGCAACAAUCUGGAUGGCAACUCUCUUCCGGUGAGUGCCUUUGUGCCCGGUGGCCGCGUGCCAUGUGGUACCAGUCAGUACGAGAAGCGUGGCAUUGCCAUCCAGGUGCCUACGGUAGACAUGGACAAGUGCACGCAGUGCAACAAGUGCAGUCUGAUCUGCCCCCAUGCAGCGGUGAGACCAUUCCUGAUGACCUCUCAAGAGCUUGGGAAAGCACCGGCAUCGUUCAAGGAAGGCAGUCGUUCUGCCAUCGGAGGAGGUGUUUUGGAUAACUACCAAUACCGCAUUCAGGUGUCGCCUUGGGACUGCACUGGCUGCGAGCUUUGCGUGCGCAUUUGCCCCGCGGAUGCACUUACCUUGGGUCCGGCCGAGAAGGUCAUUCAGGAAGAGGAGGCCAACUGGAACUUCGCCGUGGCGCUGCCAGACCGCGGCGACGAAAUUGACAAGACGACGGUCAAGGGCUCCCAGUUUCAGAAACCAUACCUUGAGUUCUCAGGGGCGUGCGAGGGCUGUGGCGAGACGCCGCACGUGAAGCUGAUGACGCAGCUCUUCGGCGAUCGACUUGUUAUUGCCAAUGCCACAGGCUGCUCCUCGAUCUGGGGUGGCUCCAACCCAUCCUUCCCGUACACCACGAACAACAAGGGAGAGGGUCCUGCAUGGGCCAACUCCUUGUUCGAAGACAACGCUGAGUUCGGCUUCGGCAUGCGCAAGGCCUUCAAGCAGCGCCGCGACUACCUCGCAAUGCAAGUGGAGGACACCUUGGCGGAUAAGUCCGUGACGAUGUCCGACGAACUUCGUCAGGCACUGCAGCAGUUCCUGGUGAUGCGCAAGGAGCAGAUGCACGACCUGUUGCUGCCGAAGGGCCGCAGCAUCUACCAUCAGAUCAUGGAGAAGCUCGUGCCACUUUUGGAGAAGGAAAAGGGCAUGCAUCCAAAGAUCCACAACCUCUACGACUUGGAAGACAUGUUCGGCCGCAGCAGCUUCUGGAUUGUUGGUGGAGACGGCUGGGCCUACGACAUUGGGUACGGUGGCCUGGACCACGUGAUUGCCAGCGAGGAGCACGUGAACAUCCUCGUCCUUGACACGGAGAUGUACAGCAACACGGGCGGUCAGGCAUCCAAGGCAACACCCAAGGGAGCUAUGGCCAAGUUUGCCGAGGGUGGCAAACUCACACAAAAGAAGGACCUGGGCCAGAUGGCCAUGACAUACAAGAACGUUUACGUCGCGAGCAUCUGCGUGCAUGUGAACCCUCAGCAAGCUGUGCGAGCUCUGAUCGAGGCGGAUGCCUAUCCAGGCCCUAGCCUGAUUCUGUCCUACACCCCAUGCAUUAGUCAAGGCUUCCCGAUGGCGGAGUCAAUCCAGCAUUGCCAGAUGGCCGUUGACAGCGGCUACUGGCCCCUCUACCGCUACAAUCCUGAGGCUGCGGCGCAGGGCAACAAUCCCUUCCAGCUCGACAGCCGAAAGAUCAAGGGCGACCUGUUCAAGCUCCUGGCAAAGGAGAACCGCUUCGCAGCCGUGAUGCGUCGGGACCCAAAGCACGCCGAGGAGUUGGACAACAAGCUGCAAGAAAAUGUGGUGCAGAAGAAUCACCUGCUGCAGGUCCUGAACAAAGAGGACUUGGAAGGGCAGUUCUCCAAGCUGGUCGAAGGUCUUUCGGAUGCGAAGAGCUCGGGUGACUCUAUCACGGUGCUAUAUGGCAGUGAGACCGGCAAUGCGGAGGAGCAGGCGAAGAAUCUGAUGCAAGACCUCAUUGCACGCGGACUGAAAUCCACUGUGAGCUCGUUGGAUGACUUCGAGUUCGAGGAGCUGCCAAACCAGAAGAUUGUCAUCUUGGUGGUGUCCACGUGCGGACUGGGCGAAUAUCCGGCCAACUGCAAGCAGACCUGGCUCAAGCUCCAGUCUCCGGAUCUGCCAAUGUCCUGGCUGGCAGGUGUGAAGUUCUGCGUCUUCGGCCUGGGCGACUCCACCUACAGCCAGUUCUGUGUGGCUGCUGCCGGCUUCGACACUCGCUUCGGCGAGCUCGGCGGGCAGCGCAUGCUGAAGCGCGGCGUGGGCGACGACCGUGAUGAGGACAGGUACUACACUGGUUGGGAGGCCUGGCUGCCGGAGCUGUGGAAGGUUCUCGGGGCUCCGGCUUUGCCGCUGAGCCAAGACAUCCCUGCGCCUUCCUAUCGCGUGGAUGCAUCCGCAGGCGACGUGGCAAAGCCACCCAUCAGCGAUGAUGACAUCAUCCCGCCCGGUGCCAACAGACUCACGCUGCUCACCAACAACGUGCUGACAGGGGAUGCCAAGUACGAUCGUGAUAUUCGGCAUUAUGAGUUCAAGAUUGAAGGCACGAACGUUGCGUACAAGACAGGCGAGAGCCUUGCCAUCUGGCCCCGCAACCCGGAAGACAAGGUCCUGGAAUUCUGUGAGAUGAUGGGGUUCGAUGCCGGGCAGCACCUGCGGAUCCUGCCUCUCGAGGGUGCCCGCAACUGGUGUCCUACGGAGCUGAGCGUGCGCCAGCUUUUCUCCCACGUCUUGGACAUCUUCGGAAAGCCGAACAGGAAGUUCUUCCAGACGUUGGCUCUCUUCGCAAAGGAUGAGGCAGAGAAGAAGCAGCUCCAAAGCAUGGUUGAGAACAGCCAGGAGGGUGCCGCCCUUUACCGUGACUUGACACACGACUUCGCACACCAUGCAGAUGUGCUGAAGAGGUUUGCAAGCGCUCGACCUCCCAUCGAGCACUUGCUUCAGAUGAUGCCAGUCCUCAAGCCCCGCAGCUAUUCGAUUGCCAGCUCUCCGUUGAUGCAUCCGGAGAAGAUCCAGCUGUGCGUGGUGUUGGUGGACUGGACGGUGGAGAGCACCAAGGAACUCCGCCUGGGCGAGUGCACAGGCUACAUGCAGCAGCAGAAACCAGGAGCACAAAUCAUGUGCGCCGUGCGAUCGAGCGCCAUCGUGCUGCCCAAGGAGGCGGAGAAGCCUGUCAUCAUGGCGGGCAUGGGGACAGGAUUGGCCCCGUGGCGUGCUGUCACGCAGGAGCGAGUGAUGCAAGCCAGGCAAGGGCUCAAGGUUGGCAAGUGCAUGCUGUUCUUUGGAGCCCGGUACAAGCAGGAGUGGCUCUACAGAGAAGAGUUUGAGAGCUACGAGAAGGAGGGUGUCCUGCAAAUGCACACGGCCUUCUCGCGAGAGCAGGCACGCAAGAUCUACGUGCAGCACAGAAUAGUGGAGGCGGGAGCCGACGUUGCAGAGAGGAUGUUGAAUCAGGGCGGCCACUUCUAUGUGUGUGGAUCUGCACGGCAAGUGCCCGAAGAUAUUUAUACUGCCAUGAAGGAGGUCAUGAUGGCACACGAGCGAUGUCCUGAAGAAGAUGCGGAGGCCAUCCUUUCAAAUUUGAAGAUGGUGCCGGCGCUCUGGAUUUUUAUUCCAGUGAUGGCUCUCCGCGGACAGCGGACAAGCCCCUUCGGUCCCUAUGGUGGCCUUUGCCGCCAGUUUCUGAUGCGGGAUCAGGAACGUCAAGAGGAAACCCCGCAGAGAUUAGAGCAGCUUGGGGCAGGGUCUGGUGCGGCAGACGUCGAGUACGAGCAGUUUAUGAAGGCCAAGGAAGUGCAGAGGGUUAUGUUCCAGCAAGAGAACAAGACCAUAGUACAUCAAUGUGCCGACACGGACAUCAUCGAGGCUACCACAGGGUCCAUUGCAUGCAUCGAUGGGAACCAAGCCGCAGCUCACGUUGCCUACGCCCUCAGUGACUGCGCCUUCAUUUAUCCCAUCACGCCGAGCUCUCCGAUGGGAGAGAUGGUGGACGAAUGGGCCGCGCAAGGCCUCAUCAACUGCUACGGACAGAAGCUCAGUGUGACGGAGAUGCAAAGCGAAGCUGGUGCAGCCGGUGCUCUCCACGGGGCAUUGAAAGCAGGUCAGGGUCUGCUGCUGAUGAUCCCGAACAUGUACAAGAUCGCGGGCGAGUUGCUGCCAUGCGUCAUGCACGUCGCCGCACGGGCUCUGGCGGGACAGGCCUUGUCCAUCUUCGGCGACCACAGCGAUGUGAUGGCCUGCCGCUCGACCGGUUGGGCCAUGCUGGCGUCCGAGUCGGUGGAGAUGGCGCAGGUGAAUGCAAUUGUCGCCCACCUUGUGUCCAUGGAGCGACGGGUCCCAGUGCAGCACUUCUUUGAUGGGUUCCGCACCAGCCACGAGGUGAACAAGAUCAAGCUCAUCGACUACAACACCAUGAAGUCCUUCAUCAACUGGGAAUCUGUUCAGGAACAUCAUGACCUAGCAAUGAAUCCUCGCCACCCGCACGUUCAGGGCACGUCGCAGGGUCCCGACAUCUUCUUCCAGUGUGUCGAGGCGGGCAACCGCUUCUAUGACGGGCUGGCGGAUCUCUUUGAGGAGAAGGGCAAGCUGGUGCAAGAGCAGACCGGCUUGCACUUCGCCCUCUACGGCUAUGAAGGGCAUCCAGAGGCCAAGCACGUGAUUGUGGUGAUGGGCAGUGCCGCCGUGACUUGCGGAGAGACGGCCACGUUCUUGUCGAAGCACAAGGGGCAACGUGUCGGUGUGCUGAAGGUGCGUCUUUUCCGGCCCUGGGACAGCUCGCGGUUUCUGGCAGCUUUGCCAAAAACAACUGAGCGUAUCUGCGUGCUGGAUCGCACCAAGGAGCAGGGGUCCCAAGGAGAGCCGCUCUUGUUGGAGGUUUCCUCGAUGCUUCAAUUUAGUGCUCAUUCCGAUAUCGUCGUCGUCGGAGGCCGCUACGGACUGGGCUCAAAAGAGUUCACGCCCAACAUGGUGCUGUCCGUCUUCGAGAAUCUCACCAAGGACAGCCCGAAGCCUAGGUUCACCGUGGGCAUCGAAGACGAUGUCACACACCUGUCUUUGCCUGUGGGCCCGUGGCUCAAUGUGCUUCCAGAGGGCACCACGGAGUGCAUGUUCUAUGGGCUUGGCAGUGAUGGUACCGUCGGGGCAAACAAGAGCGCCGUGAAGAUGAUUGCCCUGGGAACCGAGCUCCAUGCGCAGGCAUACUUCGAGUAUGAUGCCAAGAAGAGCGGUGGCGUGACAAUCAGCCACUUGAGGUUCGGGCCCAAACCAAUUCACGCCCCUUACAACGUCCGUGCUGCCGACUACAUGGCCAUCCACAAGUCCAGCUACGUGCACAACUAUGACAUGACCCGCUACCUGAAGCAGAACGCCGUCUGCGUGAUCAAUUGCUCCUGGGACGUGAAGGAGUUGGAGCAGCAGCUGCCUGCGAAGAUGCGGCGCGAUCUGGCAGAGAAGAAGGCAAAGCUGUUCAUCAUCGAUGCUACCAAGAUUGCGGUGAAGGCCGGCCUGGGCAAACGCAUCAACAUGAUCAUGCAAACCGUCUUCUUCAAGCUGAGUGCCGUCAUGCCGUACGAAGAGGCCGUGGAGAUGCUGAAGAAGAGCAUCAAGAAGAUGUAUGGCAAGAAGGGCGACAAAGUGGUGAAAAUGAACAUCGAUGGGGUCGAUGCUUCAAUCGAGGGCAUCGUGGAAUGCGAAGUUCCAGCUGCUUGGGCAUCUCUGGCAGUCGACACGGAGGCUUCCGAUGCCAAGAAAAGCAUGGUCGCCUAUGCCAAGGGGCCCCGCAUGUUUCCGGAAGUGCAGAAUGCCUCGCAGUUUGCCGCGCAAGUGCAGAAACCUUGCAACAAUCUGGAUGGUAACUCUCUUCCUGUGAGCGCCUUUGUGCCCGGUGGCCGCGUGCCAUGUGGUACCAGUCAGUACGAGAAGCGUGGCAUUGCCAUCCAGGUGCCUACGGUAGACAUGGACAAGUGCACUCAGUGCAACAAGUGCAGUCUGAUCUGCCCCCAUGCAGCUGUGAGACCAUUCCUGAUGACCUCUCAAGAGCUUGGGAAAGCACCGGCAUCGUUCAAGGAAGGCAGUCGUUCUGCCAUCGGAGGAGGUGUGUUGGAUAACUACCAAUACCGCAUUCAGGUGUCGCCUUGGGACUGCACUGGCUGCGAGCUUUGCGUGCGCAUUUGCCCCGCGGAUGCACUUACCUUGGGUCCGGCCGAGAAGGUCAUUCAGGAAGAGGAGGCCAACUGGAACUUCGCCGUGGCGCUACCAGACCGCGGCGACGAAAUUGACAAGACGACGGUCAAGGGCUCCCAGUUUCAGAAACCAUACCUUGAGUUCUCAGGGGCGUGCGAGGGCUGUGGCGAGACGCCGCACGUGAAGCUGAUGACACAGCUCUUCGGCGAUCGACUUGUUAUUGCCAAUGCCACAGGCUGCUCCUCGAUCUGGGGUGGCUCCAACCCAUCCUUCCCGUACACCACGAACAACAAGGGAGAGGGUCCUGCAUGGGCCAACUCCUUGUUCGAAGACAACGCUGAGUUCGGCUUCGGCAUGCGCAAGGCCUUCAAGCAGCGCCGCGACUACCUCGCAAUGCAAGUGGAGGACACCUUGGCGGAUAAGUCCGUGACGAUGUCCGACGAACUUCGUCAGGCACUGCAGCAGUACUUGGUGAUGCGCAAGGAGCAGAUGCACGACCUCUUGCUGCCCAAGGGCCGCAGCAUCUACCAUCAGAUCAUGGAGAAGCUCGUGCCGCUUUUGGAGAAGGAGAAGACCGCACAUCCAAAGAUCCACAACCUCUACGACUUGGAAGACAUGUUCGGCCGCAGCAGCUUCUGGAUUGUUGGUGGGGACGGCUGGGCCUACGACAUCGGGUACGGUGGCCUGGACCACGUGAUUGCCAGCGAGGAGCACGUGAACAUCCUCGUCCUUGACACGGAGAUGUACAGCAACACGGGCGGUCAGGCGUCCAAGGCAACACCCAAGGGAGCGAUGGCCAAGUUUGCCGAGGGUGGCAAGCUCACGCAAAAGAAGGACCUGGGCCAGAUGGCCAUGGCGUACAAGAACGUUUACGUCGCAAGCAUUUGCGUACAUGUGAACCCUCAGCAAGCUGUGCGAGCCAUGAUUGAGGCGGAUGCCUAUCCAGGCCCUAGCCUGAUUCUGUCCUACACCCCAUGCAUUAGUCAAGGCUUCCCGAUGGCGGAGUCAAUCCAGCAUUGCCAGAUGGCCGUUGACAGCGGCUACUGGCCGCUCUACCGCUAUAAUCCUGAGGCUGCGGCGCACGGCAACAAUCCCUUCCAGCUCGACAGCCGAAAGAUCAAGGGCGACCUGUUCAAGCUCCUGGCAAAGGAGAACCGCUUCGCAGCCGUGAUGCGUCGCGACCCAAAGCACGCCGAGGAGUUGGACAACAAGCUGCAAGAAAAUGUGGUGCAGAAGAAUCACCUGCUGCAGGUCCUAAACAAAGAGGACUUGGAAGGGCAGUUUUGCAAGUUGGUCGAAGGUCUUUCGGAUGCGAAGAGCUCGGGUGACUCCAUCACGGUGCUAUAUGGCAGUGAGACCGGCAAUGCGGAGGAGCAGGCGAAGAAUCUGAUGCAAGACCUCAUUGCACGCGGACUGAAAUCCACGGUGAGCUCGUUGGAUGACUUCGAGUUCGAGGAGCUGCCAAACCAGAAGAUUGUCAUCUUGGUGGUGUCCACGUGCGGACUGGGCGAAUAUCCGGCCAACUGCAAGCAGACCUGGCUCAAGCUCCAGUCUCCGGAUCUGCCAAUGUCCUGGCUGGCGGGCGUGAAGUUCUGCGUCUUCGGCCUGGGCGACUCCACCUACAGCCAGUUCUGUGUGGCUGCUGCCGGCUUCGACACCCGCUUCGGCGAGCUCGGCGGGCAGCGCAUGCUGAAGCGCGGCGUGGGCGACGACCGUGAUGAGGACAGGUACUACACUGGUUGGGAGGCCUGGCUGCCGGAGCUGUGGAAGGUUCUCGGGGCUCCGGCUUUGCCGCUGAGCCAAGACAUCCCUGCGCCUUCCUAUCGCGUGGAUGCAUCCGCAGGCGACGUGGCAAAGCCACCCAUCAGCGAUGAUGACAUCAUUCCGCCCGGUGCCAACAGACUCACGCUGCUCACCAACAACGUGCUGACAGGGGAUGCCAAGUACGAUCGUGAUAUUCGGCAUUAUGAGUUCAAGAUUGAAGGCACCAACGUUGCGUACAAGACAGGCGAGAGCCUUGCCAUCUGGCCCCGCAACCCGGAAGACAAGGUCCUGGAAUUCUGUGAGAUGAUGGGCUUCGAUGCUGGGCAGCACCUGCGGAUCCUGCCUCUCGAGGGUGCCCGCAACUGGUGUCCUACGGAGCUGAGCGUGCGCCAGCUUUUCUCCCACGUCUUGGACAUCUUCGGAAAGCCGAACAGGAAGUUCUUCCAGACGUUGGCUCUCUUCGCAAAGGAUGAGGCAGAGAAGAAGCAGCUCCAAAGCAUGGUUGAGAACAGCCAGGAGGGUGCCGCCCUUUACCGUGACUUGACACACGACUUCGCACACCAUGCAGAUGUGCUGAAGAAGUUUGCUAGUGCACGACCUCCUAUCGAGCACUUGCUUCAGAUGAUGCCAGUCCUCAAGCCCCGCAGCUAUUCGAUUGCCAGCUCUCCGUUGAUGCAUCCGGACAAGAUCCAGCUGUGCGUGGUGUUGGUGGACUGGACGGUGGAGAGCACCAAGGAACUCCGCCUGGGCGAGUGCACAGGCUACAUGCAGCAGCAGAAGCCGGGAGCACAAAUCAUGUGCGCCGUGCGAUCGAGCGCAAUUGUGCUGCCCAAGGAGCCGGAGAAGCCUGUCAUCAUGGCGGGCAUGGGGACAGGAUUGGCCCCGUGGCGUGCUGUCACGCAGGAGCGAGUGAUGCAAGCCAGGCAAGGGCUCAAAGUUGGCAAGUGCAUGCUGUUCUUUGGGGCCCGGUACAAGCAGGAGUGGCUCUACAGAGAGGAGUUUGAGAGCUACGAGAAGGAGGGUGUCCUGCAAAUGCACACGGCCUUCUCGCGAGAGCAGGCACGCAAGAUCUACGUGCAGCACAGAAUAGUGGAGGCGGGAGCCGACGUUGCAGAGAGGAUGUUGAAUCAGGGCGGCCACUUCUAUGUCUGUGGAUCUGCACGGCAAGUGCCCGAGGAUAUCUAUACUGCCAUGAAGGAGGUCAUGAUGGCACACGAGCGAUGUCCUGAAGAGGAGGCGGAGGCGAUCCUCUCAAAUUUGAAGAUGGAAGGCCGUUACACGGUGGAAGCUUGGUCGUGA